GCUUUUACUGUAUCCCAACGACCACCUGAACAUACACAAGAAAUCUAAGGAAACCGCAAAGACAGAGGAAGAGAAAAACACACACACACACACUCACAGAGAGGGAGGAAGGGGAAAAAACACAUACGUACAAGCAGAGGGAGAGGGACAGAGAUGAAGAAAGCAGGAGGAGCAGAGAAGAAAAAGGUAAGGAGAUCACAAGCUGUCGCAUCCAACACUGAUUCUCCUUCUAGGAAGCAAGCUGCAAAAAAGGAUGUCUUCCAGCUAUUUGCCGAGAAAGUUAGAGAUCAUAAGGACUUGGUGUCUCGUUGGGCUGUUCUACAGGAAACACGGGUAGAGUAUUUCAGAGGAAAAGAUUUUGUUAGUUUUGUGAGAAAUCAUUUAGAACUGAAAGACAUACUCGAGUUGGAUAGAAGUUUGGAACCAGAAGAUAUUGCCAACAUUCUGCUUAAAAAGAACCUUUUAGUCCGAUGUGAUCGUGUUGUAAAAACUGUUCGGCCUGGCAAGAAGAAAUUGUCUACUUUUCCAGCGCAUUUGGAGAUAUACCAUGAUCAAGUAUUUUCUGAAAAUGACGCCUUUUUCGCGUGGACAUUCGUCAAAAGAAGGCCCCUGUGGCAAACACUUCUCUCAUUCUGCUGGCCAGUUUUGACAUUAGCAAUCUGCUUGUUUCCUGUGUAUCCCCAUCAGGUCAAACUGCUUAUACUCUACUCCUGCGCUGGUCUCCUCCUCCUUAUACUUUGCCUACUUUUGUUGAGAGCCAUGGUCUUUGGUGCUUUUUGGAUUCUUCUUGGCAAACGAGUCUGGCUUUUCCCCAACAUUCUUGCUGAGGAGGCAACACUCAAAGAAUUGUUCCAGUUUUGGCCCCAGAAAGAUGAGGGCGAGCGACCUAAGUGGACUGCAAGGCUCUUCUAUACAAUUGUAGCUGUGGUGGCUAUUUUGAUCCUGAGGCAUCAUGCUCCUGAUGAGGCUGCAAGAGCCAGGUAUCAGAGGCGGGUUUCUAACAUUAUUGACGAUGUACUUGAGUGGUCUCCAAGUCUGGCUUUGUCAGGCAUGAUGGAAAAGCAAACUGUGAUGAACAUUACCGAGCCUCAUGAUAAUGUAACUGAUAGCAAGGGUAGUGAUGAAAAAGUAUUUUCCCCAGCUGAUGUAGAUGAUGAAUCCACACCCAAAGAAGAAGUUGAAGAAGUCACUGAAAAUGUAGAAGAUAGUGAUCAUCAGAAAAACUUUUAAUUUUAUACUAUUAGAACAUGUGCUUUCAGGAAAGCAGCAGAUUGCAAUUUUUUAUUUCUUUCCUUCUCAACUUUUACUUAUAUGUUCAAUAUGUAUCAGCGUAGAAGUUUGUAGUAAAGACGACGAGAAUAAUUUUAUUGUUGUAGAAUUUCUCCUUCCAGAUAUGAUACUUUAUUUUGGACUCA